GGUGGUAACUGCUGCUGUAUUCUGGGUGGGAGAGGAGGUAGUGACAAUAAAAUAUUAAACUUGGACUGAGGUUAGAAGCAUCAAAUACCAAGUUACUGAACUGUAUGCGAGGAGAAGCUGUCAGCGGUCUUUAUACUGCAGUUCUGUACACUUUAAACCAGCAUUGGAUGAAGAUUUGACUCAGCACUCGUGUGAUUAAAUGGAUCAGAACCCUGGAGCUGCUGUUCUCUCUGUGGUAUUGUGUCUGUGUUCAGCAGGGAUCUCGCCUCUAGCAACAGGAAUAGAGCGCUAUGCUCGGACGGGAGACACCGUUGUCCUGCCUUGCAGAGAGGCUUCGGUGGGGUUCAGGGAAUCGAUACAGUGGUCUUACAAUACAGCCUCUGGCACUCGCUCUACUUUAUUCACUCUUCAAAGCUCUGGGACAAUUAUAACUGGAGUAACAAAGCUUAAGGACAGGAAACAGAUUGUGCGCAGCUCAUCUCUAAGGAUACAGGAAUUGAAAAAAGACGACUUUGGGACGUACACGUGUGAUGUUUGCGUUAACAAAGGACUGCACUGCACGACAGUAUCACAGAUUUCCUUGUUGCUUUCAAAAGACCAUGUGACAGGUUGGCCGAGUGGUGACGUCACAGACCAGGAAGUAACCACACACAGACAAGGUACUACGGUUACAGCGUUGGAUCCCAAUACCACAGAGAUAGUGUAUGUCGCGGAGGGAGAAUUCGUUCAGCUUCCCUGUGUUGGGAUAUCAAACCGGACGGAAGGCAGGCAUGUGGAAUGGUCAUUUCAAGCGAUUGGGGAUCAGAGCCGAACCCUUCUCAAUGUGUCUGCACCAGCAUACCCCAGAGUCAACCCCAGAGAGACAGUGAGUCUGCUGCCCAAUGCUUCCCUUCUCAAUGUGUCUGCACCAGCAUACCCCACAGUCAACCCCAGAGAGAGAGUGAGUCUGCUGCCCAAUGCUUCCCUUCUCAUCCAGGGAGUGCAGAGCCCCGACACAGGCACUUACCACUGCAGGAGGGACGAGCAAGAGAAAUACCACAUGCUUACUGUGUGUGUUUUAACAGUGAAAGCGGACGUGUCUAGCCCUGUUUCUAAAGGCACAGAGGUCACUGUAAGCUGCUCCCUGCUCUGUGAUCACACUCCCGAGGACGCUGUGCUUCAGUGGAUGGACAGUAAUGGGACCCUGCUGGAAUCAAACACAACUCUUUCUACUGGUUCCAGUGCAGAGCUGGUGAUUCCCAGUGCCUACAAUACAACCCUGAGCUGCCUAUUACAAGUUAAAGGACAAGCGAGAGCCAGCGUGGAAUACACCAUACCCAUCCACGAAACAGAACAGCAGGGCAGCACUGAAACUGUCCUCCUCCCUGUGUUGUUGGGAGUAGUUGCUGUUUGUGUUGUGAUUGCUGCCAUCUUAAUACUGCUUUUAAGAGGCAGAAGAACAGGAGACAAAGAAAAUGAUGUCGUUGGUGUUCAGCUGAAUUCUACACACUCAGCAAGCCAAGUCCACGAGGAGGAAGAUGAAGUUAAUUACGCUGCAGUAGAAAUUAGACAGCCAGCCAGCACCAAGAGGAGAGAAAUGAUACAAGACGAAGGCAUUUAUUGUCUAAUUCAAAAAAUUAAUUUUGAAGAAUGAAAAAGAUCAUGUGUUUUUACUGUGUAAAAAAAUAUCUUCAAUUAAAAUUAUCAAACAAA